UAACACAUUUUCCGGAUCAAAUACUGCCGCUGGAAUGAGAGGUUCUACAUUCUUGACCAUCGUGCUGGCAUUGCUACUGUCUACAUGUCGAGCUGAGUCCGAUGAAAGUGAGGAAGUUACGCUGGACUCAAAUCCAGCGACAAUUCUCUACACUGCGAAGCCUUCAACGACGCCAAAAACGAAUGUUUCUUAUGACGAAUCACCAACAACCGAGUUGACAACAAUCGAAUCAACCAAAGAAGCAACAAACGAGACAUCAAAUUAUUCAACAACCGAAUCCAUCGAACCACCAACGACUGAAUCAACCAACUCAUCGACCACCGAAGCACCGCGAGUUUGCAGUCCCAUCCAGGUCCUGUACCAGAAAAUCCAGGACGAGCUGGAAAAAAUCGUCACGGAAAUCAGCAAGUUCCAGCAGGAAGCCAUGUCGAAAAUUUCCGCAAAUGAGCAGCAACAUCUUCUGUUGCAGCAGGUUCCUGCGUCAGCACCUGCAGCGGGAGCGGUACCCGCUCGAAUGAACCUGAUUCAGCUGUGGAACAUGGUUCAGCAACUGCAGCAAAGCCAGCAACUUUCGGCCAGCCAACAACUGCUGCAGCAAGCAGCGACGAUUAGUCCACCAGUUACGCAAGGUUCCACUAGCAGGUAGUGUUGUGUGGUUGUUGCUAGGAAAAUAA